AUGCCCUAAAAAGACCACCUUUGGUUUGGCUUCAAUGGAGAACUUCGAUGCCGAGCUCCACAACGCCAUUACGAUGCCAAACCCUAAUCCGAACCCUAACCCUAACCCUAACCCUAGUUUCGGUGAAGCGUCGGUGGUCGCCACCGUCACCACUACCAAGAAGAAGAAGAAGAAGAAGAAGGUCUUGAAGGAACGGUUGUCUCCUCCACCGUCGGAAGACGCGUGGCAGUGGCGGCGAGGCGGUGAGGUGAUGCUGGAGGGAUACGUUGAGCCUGUGGAAGGACUUGGGGAUGGAGGAUCAGAGGGUGUAGAUGGGGCGGUGGGGAGGACUAAGAGCUUGACGGAUGAGGACCUUGAGGAAUUGAAAGGGUGCUUGGAUCUCGGUUUUGGGUUUAACUAUGACGAGAUCCCGGAGCUUUGUUCGACGUUGCCGGCUCUGGAACUUUGUUACUCGAUGAGCCAGAGAUUUCUGGACGAGCAGCACCAGGUGAAGGUGGUGGAAGAGGCGUCUGGGGAGGUUGUGGAGUGCUCGUCGACGAAUUCGGCCCCGAUUGCUAACUGGAAGAUCUCCAGCCCGGGGGACAAUCCAGAUGAAGUUAAAGCAAGGCUGAAGUACUGGGCCCAGGCAGUGGCAUGCACAGUUAGAUUAUGCAACUGACUGACUAAUUUGGCACACUCGUGUAUGACUAGAAUAGUCAUCCAUGAGGAUUGGCGAUGUAACCUGUUGUUUUUCUGUGGCUAUGAGGAUCAACUCCUAGUAGUGUGGUUCUGAAGUGUGAAUUUUUGGCUACUUAAUUGCCUGAAAUAGAGCUUCUUAAAUCCUUGGGCUUUAAUGGCCUGGACAUAACCAGAUGCCAUGUUUCAAGAGGCUCCGGGACAUGAGAAUCAACUGCAAACUUGAAAAACUGUUGGUCACACCUUGCAUUUCCUAUGUAUGAUAUAUGUACCAAGUUUGUAAGAUAGUUGCUAUAAAUAAAUGCUUCUGUUAUCUGA